AACAAGAAUAACUUAUCCAAAUGGCUAGCAAUCCCUAUGUUAAAUCUUUGCUAUGGCUGGUUGCUUUUGGCGGCGCGGGCUAUGGACUGAUGGUAUUAACGGAACCUAAUGCGGAGAAAAUUGAACGCAUCAAGGCCUCAGCUCCUCCAGCACAAUUGAGAGCACAUGAACAACACAAUGCUUUGUUUAUGAAGAAAUUACAGGAAGCCGCAUCUUCAAGUGCUCCAGUUUAUAGGCCAUCUGCAGCGGGUGCUGACAAAAAGGAAAGCUAAACAUACUUACAUGCUUGUGAUUGUUUAUAAAUUGUUAUGUAGGAUAAAUAAAUGCAGAGAGUUUGAUAUAACUUAA